AAUACAACAAACAAGAGAGUGGUGUGUUGAGAUUAUUUCACUCUGCAUCCGUGUCCUGGAUUCGAAUGCAACCUUAAUUAUCGUGUGACACUUUUAGUUUUAGCGACAUGGUGGUGAAAGUUAAGAGAGAUACGCUACGAGCAUGCAUGACAUGCCCUCUUUGCCAUAAGCUCUUCAAAGAUGCUACCACCAUCUCUCUCUGCCUUCAUACAUUUUGCAGGAAGUGCAUAUAUGACAAACUCUCGGAUGAGGAAAUGGAUUGCUGUCCAGUGUGCAAUAUUGAUCUAGGUUGCCUUCCAGUGGAAAAACUCAGGCCAGACCAUAAUAUGCAAGAUCUAAGGGAAAAAGUAUUCCCUUUUAAAAGAAGUAAAAUCAAGGCCCCAGAAGUUUUGUCUUCAAUAUCCUUACCUGCAAAAAGGAAGGAAAGAUCACUUUCGUCAUUGGUGGUUAGUGCUCCAAAAGUUCCAAUGCAAACUGGCUUUACAGGAAAGAGAACAAAAAUGAGUACUAGAAAGGCUUCUGCUUUACGUGGAUGCAGUUUUAUUCUUGAAGAAUCAAUAAAGAAGGAAGAAACGAAUGGUGAAGAUAAUCAUAAUACAGAUUCUCCCAUGGUUGAGCCUUCUAAGAAGCAUAAGCCCAAUGAAGAUACAGAGAACAGUGUGGAACUUACAGAAGGGAAGGUUGAUCUCUGGACACCAUUGAACUGUCUUGUGGAAGCUGCCAACAGAACAAAGUCCUCCAGGUCAAAUUCACAAGCAAUUCCUCUUGUCAAAUUAGAGUCUCCAACUACUGCUCAUGGUGGACUAGAUACACUUGAAGUUACAACGAAAACAGAGCUACCUGCUUCUGUCCAGAGAACCAAAAAUAAGGAUAAUGGACAUAAAACAAUAUUUGGAGAUGACAAGGAUGCUAACAGCUUGCCUUCAGGACCAGCGAAGCGAAGAAGGUUGCGUCCUGCUGGUCAGAAAAGAGUUGCAGCAUCUGAGAUGUCUGCCUCAGCCCCAGUCAUGCUAGAUGCCACUGGGGGCAAGUGCAACAGAAAAAACAAUCCUAUAUGGUUUUCAUUAGUUGCUUCAGAGGACCAGAAAGGAGAUGUUCCCUUGCCACAGAUCUCAGCCUGUUACUUAAGAAUAAAGGAUGGUACUGUGCCUGUCUCAUUUAUUCAAAAGUACCUUGUGAAGAAACUUGAUCUUGCCAGCGAGGCAGAGGUGGAAAUAAUGUGCCGGGGUCAGCCAGUGCUCCCAUCUCUGCAGCUGCAUAACUUGGUAGAUCUGUGGUUCCGGACAGCAUCAACCUCAAAAAAGAUACCAGCAUCUUUGGGGUCCUCAGCUAAGGAUUUUGUGAUGGUUUUAUCAUAUUGUCGAAAGGCCUCGUCUCCUUGAGAUGGUACCCUAUUCUAUUUAUAUCAUUUUGCCUUUCACUACUUUACAUACAUCUUUAAAUUUUUUUAUAGCAUUCUUUCGGAUAUUCCUGUUCAUUUAGUUUCUACCAUGCGACGAAUCGGUUCUUAUUUUUUUCGCUCAUGACCUGAAAAGGUGUACCCUCCAAUAUUAUGGCAUCUGCAUUAUCUGCUGUUGUUCUUAGGAUCAUGAAACAUUAAAUAUUUCCUGUUGAUGUAAUGAUGUCUUACCCUUGGUAAGAAUCAAAAUGAGAGUGGUUAUAAAUCAGAAAAACGCACGGGAGGGAAGCUAUGCAAGACAGCAAUUAAUAGUGAUUGAUUUAUAGGAUCCAUUUAAAUGUUCUAGUUGCAUUUGUUGCGUCUUCAAUGGGAACCUUAUAUUGUG